AUGCCUCAAAUUCACGUCGAGUCCGAAGAGGUAACAAAUGAUGAAAAGGAAGACUCGGUUGCUCUUAAAACACUUAAGGCUUUAGCAAAAAUACCCACAUAUCUCUCUGCACGCUUUUUACCUACUUCGAGCUCCUCUUUACUUUCCAUUCACAUUACUCUUAGUCAACGUGACUUGGUCCGAAAACUUAAGCGAGCAGUUGCAAAACAGCUGGUUGUGUCCCUGCAAAAGGAUGGAAAUGGUAAAUCUAUAUUCUCUUCAUUUUUACCAAUCGAUUUGGGAGAUGUUGCUCUGCAAACUAUUUCCCCAUCUGGAAAUCAACUUUUGGUCUUAAGAGCCGUAUCGAAUGAAAAAGGAAAAAAGAGAUUUGUUGAAACUUGGAAACUAGGAGCACUAAUUAAUGUUUUAGAUGUUACCGAUGUUCAUGGAGAGUUUUAUACUGAUGACGAAAUUGGUGGCCUAUAUUGGUCAAAGGAUGAACAAAAAGCUGUCUAUGUUGCAGAACAAAAGGCAUUAGAAGAUUCGGAUGAGCGGAAAUUUGAUUACUCGCCAUCUUGGGGCGAGAGAUUCAAUAAUAAACGUGCCCCUUCAAUUGUUGUUUUCGAUAUCUCAACAAAUGAAGCAAAAGUUUUGCCAAAUUUUGAAAAAAUUGAUCCUGGACAGGUUCAAUUUGGACCUGAAGAUAAAUCGCUUAUUUUUACUGGAUAUAGUAAUGAACCACGACGUUAUGGUAUUGCGUCGUGUAUUAAUAGAUUAGCUGGAAUAUAUCAGUGUCAACUAGAUGGGUCUAAUCUAGAGCAUCUAAGUAAUAAUGUCGAACACGCUCGCUCACCGCGACUUAAUUUGUCAGGAAACUGCUUAGUUUAUUUGUCUAAUCCAACCGGUGGUCCACAUUUCUGGUGUUCAGAACUUUAUGAGUACAGCUUUUCAUCAAAGCAAAACCGCCUUAUCGUACCUAUUGUACACUCUCCUUCACCAUCUUUUCACAAUAACUUUCCUGGAAUAUAUAAUAAAGUUAUCCCUUCAAAUGCAUUUAUUACAAUUGAUGGCGUUGAGUUCAUUUUGAUGCGCAGUAAUUGGCGUAGUCAAGAAGUUUUAUUGGCAAUAAAUCUGUCUACCGGUAAGGUUCAACAAUUGACUACGACAGGGAGUUGGAACUUACUAUCAUCAUGGGACAAGUAUAUAUUAGCAUCGCAGGGUUCAACUUUUGAAUUUCAUAAAUUGCAACUCGGAGUUAUAACUGGUUGCCAUGAAGACAAUCUGGUCGUUGAUUGGACAGUGGUCGAUCAACCUGACGUGGAAGAAGUGGCACCCACUCUUUCCAAAUCCACAUGGUCCAUAUUGCGACCUUUCGAAAACAAUCCUUAUUUAGAAUUAAUAGUCUAUAAGCCCAAAGGUGUCCCUUCAGACAAGAAACCACCUCUUAUUGUUAUCCCACAUGGUGGACCACAUAGUGCUUAUACGACAAAUAUUAGUUUGACUAUAUCGACAUUGGUUUCCUUGGGCUAUUUUGUUGUAGGAGUUAAUUACACAGGGAGUGCUGGAUUUGGCCAGAAUUCCAUUGAUAAACUUAUUGGAAACAUAGGCAACUUAGAAAUCGAAGAGGUUCAGGCUGCAGCACAGUAUUUCGUCGAUCAACAUGAAGUUGAUCCUGAUAUGAUAACAGUGAUGGGUGGUAGUCAUGGUGGUUUCAUUUCUGGACACCUGAUUGGAAAAUACCCGGAUUUUUAUAAAUCUUGUAUCAUGUUAAAUCCAGUAUUAAAUAUCGGAGGAAUGGUAGCAGUAACUGACAUUCCAGAUUGGUGCUUUGCAGAACUAGGCCUACCAUACUCUCUAUCUAAGCCACCAAUUCUCAAACCGUCAGACUAUACCAAGAUGUAUGAAAAUUCACCAAUUUCAAAUAUAGAUAAAGUGAAAACGCCAACUUUAUUACUUCUUGGUGAAAAUGAUAAAAGAGUACCACACGUUGAUGGAUUGGCAUGGUGGUACUAUUUGAAAGGACAGGGCAAGGUAGAGAUACAUUGUAAGAUGUUUAAAGAGACUGGGCAUUCAUUGGAUAGCAUUGAAGCUGAAAUUCAAGGCUUUGAUGCUAUUACUAAAUUUUUAAAAGAUAAGAUUGGAUUGUGA